GUUGUUCGUAAUACAGCUUUAGUGGGAUACCUGAGCAUGUGAGCAUGGAUUAGCUUUAGCAGAGUAUAUAUAGCAACACAGAGCAGCAGAAGCCAGAAAGGGAAGGGGAACUAGAGAAACCAAGAAGAAGAGGAAGAAGAUGUCUUCUAAUUCAUCUUUGCAUAUUGUGAUCUUCCCUUUCAUGUCGAAAGGCCACACCAUACCGAUGCUUCACCUUACACGCCUCCUCCUCCUCCGUCGCGGCAUCACCAUCACCAUCGUCACCACCCAGGCAAAUUCUCCCUUCAUCCGUCAAUCUCUGUACGAUACUCAACCUCCUGUCAAUGUCAUCGAACUAGCUUUCCCAGCCAACAUCCCUCAACUCCCACCAGGUGUCGAGAGCACCGACCGUCUACCUUCAAUGUCUCUCUUCGUCCCCUUAGCUAACGCCACCAAGCUGAUGCAACCCGAUUUCGAAAGAGUCCUCAAGAGCCUCUCUGCUUCUGGUGGUAUCAGCUUCAUAAUCUCCGACGGCUUCUUUGGUUGGACUCAGCAAUCAGCAGAGAAGUUUGGCAUCCCAAGGCUAGUCUUCUCCGGCAUGAAUAACUACACCAUGACUAUUUGCGGAGUCCUAGCUGGGGAUCGUUCCCAUUUGAGACUCGGCCCGGACGAGCCUUUCACAGUGCCUGGCUUCCCAUGGGUCAAUCUCACCAUGAAUGAUUUUGACCCAACCUUCAAUGACCCAGAACUGAAGGGUCCGCAUAUGGAGUUCAUAAUGGAAGUGGCCACAGCGACGUCCAAAAGCCAGGGCAUCGUCGUGAAUAGCUUCUACGAAUUGGAGCCCACUUACUUGGAUUACUGGAACCGUGAGUUCGUCCCUAAGGCCUGGUGUGUUGGACCCCUCUGCUUGGCCGAGCCACCGAAGGUUGACCGGGAUCAGAAACCCGAAUGGAUCAAAUGGCUCGACCAGAAAUCGGCCGAGGGUCGGUCUGUUCUAUAUGUGGCGUUUGGUUCUCAGGCGGAGAUCUCGCCGGAGCAGCUACGAGAGAUGGCGGAUGGGCUGGAGCAGUCGGAGGUGUGCUUUCUAUGGGUGGUGAGAUCGAAGGUGGAAGGGUUGGAAGAGAGGGUGAAGGAGAGAGGAUUGGUGGUGAGGGAGUGGGUAGACCAGGUGGAGAUACUCCGGCAUGAGAGCGUGAAUGGGUUCAUGAGCCACUGCGGUUGGAACUCGGCGAUGGAGAGUAUAUGCGCGUCGGUUCCGAUCUUGGCUUGGCCCAUGAUGGCGGAGCAACCGUUCAACGCUCGAAUGGUGGCGGAGGAGCUGGGUGUGGGACUGAGGAUCGUGGCAAGUAACGGGUCGGUUCGUGGGUUUGUGAGUUCGGAGAUAGUGGAGAAGAUGGUGAGAGAGUUGAUGGAGGGAGAGGAGGGAAAGAAGGCGAGGAGGAAGGUGAAGGAUAUUGGAAAGGCUGCUAGGAAGGCCAUGGAAGGUGGAUCGUCGUGGCGCACGUUAGACCAGCUCAUUGACGAGACUUGUAGGAAGAAGGAUCCAUGAGAUUUCCUAGUGUUGUAUUAUCGAGUGUGGAUUAGGUUCAGCUGAAAUCCACCACUUGGUUAAUUGUUUAGUCGAUUUUUAUCCGGAUUACAUUUGUGAGGAUCCGUCCGUACAACAAUGGUUCUCGUACAAAAAUCAUUCGGUUUAUUGGAUUCCUGCCCUUUUAUUUGUGUG